AGCUACUUUCCUGGUGAGCAACGUUGGACUGUAGUGUCAGGAUGGUCCUAAGUGGGAGGCUCGGGGUGCUUCGGGUUUUGGGACUGUUUGCCGUGUUUGACGCGGUCUGCCUGCUGGACGCCGGCAUGCUCUUCCCCCGAGAGUCUUCCUCCAGAGAGGUGAAGGAGCUGAACGGGGUGUGGAGCUUCAGGGCUGACAAGUCCCCAAAGAGGAACCAGGGCUUCGAGAGUGCAUGGUACAAACGUCGCCUGGCAGAGACUGGCCCUGUGAUUGACAUGCCAGUUCCCGCCAGCUACAAUGACAUCACCCAGGACCCCACACUGAGAGAUUUCAUUGGCUGGGUGUGGUACGAACGAGAGGUGGUGGUGCCUGUCCGCUGGGUCGCUGAUGAAGGAAAAAGAGUGGUUCUGAGAGUGGGAAGUGCUCACUAUUAUUCAGUAGUGUGGGUGAACGGGGUGAAAGUGACAGAGCAUGAAGGUGGCCAUCUUCCCUUUGAGGCUGAGAUAGGCAGUCUUAUUCGCAACGACCCAUCGAAUGCAUGCAGGAUCACCAUCGCUGUCAACAACACUCUGACUCUGGAGACUCUUCCUCCAGGAAACAUCCAGUACCUGAACGACCCCACCAAGUACCCUGAUGGUUUUUUUGUGCAAAACAUCUUCUUUGAUUUCUUCAACUACGCUGGCAUACAUCGCCCCGUAUUGCUGUAUACUACCCCUAAGGCUUAUGUGGAUGACAUCACUGUGGUGACUGACUUCUUGGAUAACACCGGUCUAGUCCUAUACAACAUAUCAGUCCAAGGUGCGGCCACUGCCACCCUGAACAUCAGUUUGAUAGACAAAGAUGGCUACUCUGUGGCCUCCUCCUGCAAGCCAUCUGGAGUCCUCAAAGUAGUAGAUGUCAAGCUGUGGUGGCCAUAUUUGAUGCACCAGAAUCCAGGUUAUCUUUAUUCUUUGGAGGUUCGCUUAUUAUCGGCCAAUGGGAUAUCAACAAAUGAGGAUGUGUAUACUUUACCAGUCGGCAUCCGCACAGUCAACGUUUCCAGCACCCAGUUCCUCAUCAACAACAAGCCCUUCUAUUUCCAUGGGGUCAAUAAACACGAGGACGCUGAUAUUCGAGGUAAAGGCCUUGACUGGCCCUUGAUUGUCAAGGACUUUAACUUAUUGAAGUGGUUGGGCGCCAACUCGUUCCGCACCAGCCACUACCCCUAUGCUGAGGAGAUCAUGCAGAUGUGUGACCGCCAUGGCAUCGUGGUGAUAGACGAGUGCCCGGGGGUGGGCAUCAAAGACAUUCGCAAUUUUGGAAACGCCUCCCUGAAGCAUCACCUGGCUGUCAUGGACGAGCUCGUACGUCGGGACAAGAACCAUCCCUCUGUGGUCAUGUGGUCAGUAGCCAAUGAGCCGGCUUCAGAGAUGCACCCUGCUGAAUUCUAUUUCAAGACACUGAUAGAACACACCAAAGCUCUGGACCCUACCCGGCCCGUCACUUAUAUCACAGACAGUAACUAUGCCAAAGAUAAAGGGGCUCCCUAUGUGGAUGUAAUCUGUGUAAACAGUUACUUCUCCUGGUACCAUGAUCCAGGCCACUUGGAGGUCAUCUCCAUCCAGCUCAACACUGAGUUUGAAAACUGGUAUGGAAAGUACCAGAAACCCAUCAUCCAGAGUGAAUAUGGAGCAGAUGCUGUGCCCGGGCUUCACAAUGAUCCACCCGUGAUGUUCACUGAGGAGUACCAGAAGGUACUUCUGCAGAACUACCACAGCGUGUUCGACCAGAAGAGGAAGCAGUAUGUCAUUGGUGAACUCAUCUGGAACUUUGCUGACUUCAUGACUGUACAAGGGAUAUUCCGUGUGGUGGGGAACAAGAAGGGCGUUUUCACCAGGCAAAGGCAGCCUAAAGCAGCAGCAUUCAUCCUGAAGGAGAGGUAUUGGCGACUGGCCAAUGAAACCGGCACACUACCUCCUUGGACAAAGUACCCGUGCUCAUUCUGACACCCGUCACAGGGUGCACCCUGGCCAGAACAGGCUACAGGCGUGUAAACACUGUCUUAUGGAAAAGUGAAAUUCUGUUGAUUCUAGAGGCAGUUUCCUGAAGCACAUAUAGAACUGACCCUUUGGUAAGCCACACCCCGAAUAUGCAACUGGCCAAUCACAGCGCAGUAUAGGACUCACUCUAACUGAGGUCCGACAGUUUCAUGGCUGCGCUCCAUUGACUUGUAUGUAAGAUGUGUUUUGCUGUUAUUUAUUUUUUUUCCAAGAUUUGGUCAAAGCUGUUCCUGGGGCACUUUCACUAAUUAGUCGCUACCCCGAGAGGGUGAGAAGAGAAGUACGAUUUAUUCACUUUCCAAAACCUAAAACAAAUUCCGGAAAAUGUGGCUGUGGGUUGUUCUUAAUGUAAUGUUAGUUGGCUAACUCUGGCUAACUUACUACUGAAUGUAAUGUUAUAUAACCCUAUUCUGCUUUUCAAUGAUUUGUAAUUGUGAACAGAGACCUACCCAACUGUACAGGAGCAGUGUUAAUCUUAGUCUUAAUAUCGUUGUCUUUUGUCUCAAUACAGGUAAUGCGGUGGUUCACUUUUAUUCUGUGAUUGGUAGGCAUUAGCUUCUAUCUUUUUUUUAUUUUAUUUUUUUUUCAUGUCGUUUGACAGCCUUCAAAUGCAUAAUACAACAGCAAAACUGUAUGUGUCUUUCUGAGAUCGCUUUUUCCAAAAGUUAGACAAUAUUUAUCCAGGGAGUGCAGUAAUAAACAGUGGCAGCGCCGUGCUAAAAGUC